ACGACUUAUUACCAGAAUUUUGUCGAAACGACAAAAGUAAUUGAUAGAUAAACCUCGUGCGCGCCAAACCCCCCCUUUAACCGCAAAUCGGUCCGCGUUUCCUCUCGAUCAAUUUGUCUUUUCUUCAUGUUUAAUGUGAAAAUUCUAUUAUGAUUUGAUCCUUCUUCUUCAAUCGUUCAACGCGUUUUCAAUCUGUUCGUCGAAAUUUCCCCAAAUCAGUAAGAAGAAGAAGGGGGGAAAAGAAAUCUGGAAGAAACGCAUGAAGAAGAAGAAGGAGCUGGGGGAAGCAUCACCGAUGGCGGCGUUACCGUGGAUGAACGGAGAGAGAGCGGUGGUGGUGCUCUACAUAGCUCGGAUUCUCUGCGCGGCGCCUUUUUCUCUCCUAUUAUAUGAGUCCAUCUCUUUGUCCAUUGUCUCUCUCUUUGCUAUCUUCCUCGACAUUUUUGCAGAUCGUGAUGAUCCCUUUUCUCAAUUCUUUACCACAAGGCCAGGUGCAUCUUCUGGGAUAUUGCUUGGGGCAGUGACGCUUCCAGGAUUGAUGUUGUCAAGAUUGGUUCAGAUGUCGAGAGGACUGUCUUCAAAUGAAGUUGGAUUUGCAGAUUUUGAAUAUUUUCGUCUGCAAUAUUGGGCCGCUUCUGCCAGUUGCUUUUGCGUACUAGCUUUCCUACAAUUCGUUCUCCACCGAAGAGUGACUAAUACGCAGUCUGUUGGUUCUUGUCGUGACUGGAAGAAAAUUAGUGGUGUUUGUUGUAUAGCUUUGUAUGCAGGGAUUUGCUGCAUCGCAUUAGGUGCAAAAAAUCAUUUUGGCUGGAAGAUGGAAUUGAUAUUGUUCUGGGUGGCCUGUCAUGGGUCUUCAGCUGUAAAACUAAUUCAGAGUAUCCUUCAAACAUUUCCAGCUUGUGCUUCUAUUGGAGAAACUCUCUUGGUGACUUCUGGGCUUGUAGUAUAUUUCGGAGACAUGGUAGCCCUUGUUGUUGGAAAGAUUUAUGGCUAUCUGACGUCUCCAAAUUUUCCUUCAGUACAAUAUUUUAGUAGAAGAAGUGAAAUCAGUAUCAUUGUUCAGGGCAUGACUCUCGGUCUUCUUCUCUUUCCUAUGAUUUUCAAGUUCAUCUAUCAAAUUGCUGGAUGCUUCAACUUUCAGGAUAUGAGGCCAAAUAAUGAAAUAAAGAAGUCCUUAAUAUUCUUUGGCUCUCUUGUAUUUAUGUUGAUUGCGGUUGUUCCCUCAUGGAUGCAGUUUGUUCAGGAUUUCCACUCUCACCCAUUGUUAUGGGUGCUUGACUUUGUCUUCUCAGAGCCACUUAAGAGGUUGUCUUUGUGUACCUAUUGGAUAGCUCUUACUUAUGUAUCAGUUACACGGUUUUAUCAUAUAUCAAAGAACAGUAAAAUAGAGAGGAUUCUUCUCCGGAAAUACUACCAUCUCAUGGCAGUUUUGAUGUUCGUCCCGGCGCUUAUAUUUCAAGUGAGUUUAUUUCAGAGAAAGGUUUGCUUUAUCUUUUUGUACUUUUGAUCUGUUUACUCUUUUUGAAAAUGACAUUGAACUCCAUUUUUUUCCAGCCAAAGUUUCUUGAUCUCGCAUUCGGUGCUGCUUUGGCAGUUUUCUUGAUAUUGGAAAUCAUUCGAGUAAGUUUCUCAUUCUAACUGAAUGCUUACUUCCAAAUUAUCUAAUGAAAAGGGGUUCUACCGAUUCUAAAAUGGUGUUUCCUUCCAUAAUUUCCCAAGAUGUAAUCUUCUGUUGGGUUUGGCUCCAAUUUUGGACAUUAAUGUUGUUCCAACAUUUCCUAUUCUUCGAACCUCAUUCAAAUAGGGCAAAAUGUGCAAUUUUGUAAGAUCGGAGGCAUCAUGGACACUCUUUGGAAAUCAUAGGAAGUUUUAUGUAUUUCAGUCAAUUUAAACUCAAAGUUCAAAACAAGAAGCAGGGCAGGCAAAAAAAUCCAACUAGCUCUGCCAUUCCGAAAGGUUUUUUU